AUGUCAGAAAGUGAAAUUUCAUUUGAUUUCAAUGAAGACGAACCUGUUGAAGAAGUCAAAUGUUCUCAAAUGCAAAUAAAAUCUGAAAGAUAAAUCAUACCUUUCUCCAAAAGUGAUAAAAAAGAUAAAAAAGAAAAGCUGAAACAACUGUAAUAAACAAUUUAAGGAUAAUUCUCAGGCAAAUAAUAAAUGACUAAAGAUCUCUUAUUCUUAUUGAAAUUUGAAUAGCACAUGUUGAGCUCAAUUAAUAGUUUGCAUCAAAGAAUCAUGAGAUCUUUAGAAACAGAAGCCCCAUAAAAUUGA